AUGGCUUCUUCAAGUCAAGUUGACCAAGGGGAUGUCACCAAGCCUCUAAAUAACUUUGUAACACAGACAAAAGGAGCAGGAGUUCGGGGUGGGAAUUUUAAAGUCCAAUGCAAGCUCUGUAACAAAAUCUUUCAUGGAUCUUACACUAGAGUCAGAGCUCAUCUAUUGAAGAUUCCAAGACAGGGUGUUGGAUUUUGUGACAAGCUAACACAAGCUAAGCUUAUUGAUAUGCAUAAAUUAGACAAUGAGGCUACACUUAUGAUUGAGAAGUCAAAAACCAAAACAGCAUAUUUGCCCCCGCUUUCUAGUGAGAGUCCUACUGCUGAUCCUAAAAAGAGGAAGACAUCUGGAGCUCUUGAAAAUGCAUUCAAUAUGCAAGGUAGAGAGACACUUGAUUAUGAAAUUGCUAGAAUGUUUUAUUCUUCUGGAUUGCCAUUUCAUUUUGCAAUAAAUCCCCAUUACAAAAAGGCAUUUUCUUUUGCAUGCAAUAAUUUUAUAAGUGGAUAUCAACCUCCUGGUUAUAACAAGUUGAGAACAACCUUGCUAGAAAAUGAAAGAAGACAUGUGGACAAGCUAUUGGAGCCAAUUAGGAAUUCAUGGAGCCAAAAAGAGGUGACUAUUGUUAGUGAUGGAUGGAGUGAUCCACAAAGGAGACCCCUUAUCAAUUUUAUGGCUGUCACGGAGAGUGGGCCUAUGUUCUUAAAAGCUACUCCUUGUGUUGUGCACACCCUUAACCUUGCUUUGAAGAAUAUAUGUGCAGCCAAGAAUACGGAGAGAAAUAGUACUCUUUACGAAGAAUGUUCUUGGAUCACAAAAAUUGCUGAAGAUGUUAUGCUUAUCAAGAACUUCAUCAUGUGCCACUCUAUGAGAUUAUCAAUCUUCCAUUCUUUCAAUUCCUUGAAGUUGAUUUCCAUUGCUCCAACGAGAUUUGCCGCCACAAUAGUGAUGCUCAAGAGGUUUAGGGAAUUAAAGAAAGGGCUUCAAGAGAUGGUCAUUAGUGACAAAUGGAAUUCUUACAAGGAUGAUGAUGUUGAAAAGGCCAAACUUGUGAGGGAAAAAUUGUUGGAUGUUAGUUGGUGGGAUAAGGUUGAUUACAUUCUUUCAUUCACUAGUCCAAUCUAUGAUGUCCUAAGAAAAAUGGAUACAGAUGCUUCAACUCUCCAUGUAGUAUAUGAAAUGUGGGAUUCAAUGAUUGAAAAUGUAAGGAAAGUCAUAUACAAGUAUGAAAGAAAGACGGAGUCGGAGGUAUCAACCUUUUAUGAGGUAGUGCACUCCAUAUUAGUUGAUCAAUGGACUAAGAGUAGCACACCUCUCCAUUGUUUAGCUCACUCUUUAAACCCAAGAUAUUAUAGUCAUGAAUGGCUAAGUGAAGAUGCUAGUAGAGUUCGUCCACAUCAAGAUGUGGAAAUUACUCGUGAAAGGAUGAAGUGCUUCAGAAAGUACUUUGUUUAUGUGGAUGUGAGGAGACGUGUGAAUGUAGAGUUUGCAAGUUUCUCAGAUGGAAGAGAAGGAUUUGAUGACAUUGACUCUUUAGGAGGUAGGGGACGGAUUGAUGCUAAAUCUUGGUGGCUUACUCAUGGUGCUCAUGCUCCACUAUUACAACAAGUUGCUCUUAAGUUACUUGGGCAGCCAUGUUCAUCUUCAUGUAGUGAAAGAAAUUGGAGCACAUUCUCUUUCAUUCAUUCUUUGAAGAGAAAUAAGAUGACACCCAAAAGAGCUAAAGAUUUAGUAUUUAUUCAUAGCAAUCUCCGGCUUAUUUCAAGAAGUUCUCCACAAUACCAUGAAGGGGAAACCAAGAUGUGGGAUAUAGCGGGAGAUGCGUUUGAAUUUCUUGAUGAGGGUGGAUGUGGAAUACUUGAAGUUGCUAAUUUAUCACUUGAUGAACCAGAGCUAGAGGCUAUAUUUUUCAAUGAUGAUGGUGGUCAAGAAGGAGGAUCACAUACUCUUUGUGUUUUGAAGCUCCUUGGUGCUUCUUCCUUGCUUUUCUUGAGGGAGGAAUAA